CCCUUGCGUAUCACAGCUCCCGCAGCGCCGUCGUGGCCCGCGCCCAAUGUCGACCGCGGGGAGCCGCAUCGCUUCCUUCCUCGGCGGCGCCGCCGCCCGAUUCGGGAAGGUACCCUGGCGGGAGAUCCGGGAGGAGGCCUUCGACCGUGCCGUCCUCGUCCUCAAGGCCGCCUGCUUCGUCCACGUCGUCAACACCUACGUCGUCGGCAUCGCCUUCGUGCGCGGCCCGAGUAUGCUGCCCACCAUCAAUCUCACUGGCGACGUCGUUGCCGUGGAGCGCGUCUCGCCGCGCUGGGGAUCUCUGGCCGUUGGGGACGUGGUCAUCCUCUUGUCGCCGGAGAAUCCGAGGAAGACCGUCGCCAAGCGGGUGCUGGGGCUCGAGGGCGACGCCGUCACCUUCCUCAUCGAUCCCGCUCGCGGGAGCGCGUCUCAGACAGUCGUGGUACCGGGAGGCCAUGUAUGGGUGCAGGGAGAUAACAUAUAUUCUUCAAGAGAUUCGAGGCAAUUCGGUCCUGUACCUUACGGGCUUAUCCAAGGGAGAGCUUUUUGUAAGGUCUGGCCACCUGAAGCUGUUGGAUUGAUUGGACAAAAGUUGUAACUGGCUAACUGCACAAAGGUAUAUGUGAACUAUUUCUUUAAGGAAACCAUUGUUCCAGCAUAUUACCUUCAUUGUGCCUUACUAUUUCUGCACUUGAAGGCCCAAAUUGUUAAAUAUGAUUUCUCUAAUUUGGUUUUGAUGUUGGUCUUCAUGACCAGAAUUUGUUAUCUGAAAGUAGACGGGGAAGAACUUUUGGUGUUUCAAUGCUUUUCUCAACUUGGUAGAUAGUUGUGGUAUUCAUUCAAUAAACAAAAUCAGCAUUGAAAAAGACACUAUAUACUUGAUUUUCUCUGGUGAACAGAAUGAUAUCCUCCUCUGAAACCCACUUUUUUUUUUCUUGGAGAGAUGGGGUUGACGGAUAUACUGUCAAUCUUUCCAAAUAGAAAUUUAUUAUGUACAACAGCCUUUCACAUUCAUAAGCAUUGGAGCUAUGAUAUGAACCAGCUCCCUCGAAAGAGUUACUUUGGUAACUUUGGUGGCUUAUGACUGGCUAUAUUGCUUUCUCUGACAAAGUUGUUUUGUGUAUACAUUUA